GGUCUAUUGCUCGCGAUGAUAAAAACCCGCGGUCACAGCAGCCUUCCCACAGGGAAGCCGCCUGGACACCGCAGUCCCGCGAACGCGGCGCGGCCGCCCCGGGGACCGGGACAGUCCCGCGCGGGCUCCGGGACAAGAGCGGCCCCAGCGCAGCAUCCCCCGGAGCCCGCUCCUGUCACCGCCACCAAGUCCCCUGCGUGCGCUGCGCGGCCGCGGCCGCGGGACGAGCGCGCAAGGCGCCGGUCAGCAGCCGCCCCCGCCGCCGCCGCCCCGGCCGCCCUGGGACCCUCCGCGGGGCGGGUCCGAAAACGCCUAAAAACCCCCGAAACGCUCCGAUCAUUCCCGCCGCGACCGCCGUUUCCUCGGACUGCGCCGAGCGGCACGAGGCUUGGCCUCCGUUCGUGUCCGCGCCCGGCGGCUUGGGACGGAAGACCGAGCCCGGCCGCAGAGCGCAGCUGCCCCCGCGCCGGCCGCCCCCGCGCCGAGACCGCCCGGGGUGCCGAGGCCGCCCGGGGUGCCGAGGCCGGGGCGCCGGGGAGAGCCCCGCGCGAGCGAGCGGCGGUCCCGGGCCGCCAACCCCGGCCGCCCCGGGCCCCACGGGCCGGCACCGACGCGAGCCCCCGGGCCUGCCUGGCUGUGCAUGCUGCGGCCACACUGUGGAAGCUGCCCCUCCCCAAGGACCCGCCUCCUUUGCUGAUGCCAGCAUCUUGGUGCACAGACUGCUCUGUCCCAGCUGUCGCCACAGAAAGGUCUCUCUGCUCCUCACCCUCAGCCUCAGCAGAAGCUGCUAGGCCAGAAAAAGGGUCAGCUCUUCUGACAUUGUGCGGCGUUUAAAAACUGGGAGCUCCAGCCCGGGACUGCAGUGGCUCAUGCCAGUAAUCCCAGCGUUUUGGGAGGCCAAGGAUUUGGGAGGAUUGCUUGAGGCCAGGAGUUCAAGACCAGCAUGGACAACACAGCAAGAUCCAGUCUUUACAAAAAAAAAAAAAACAAAAACAAAACCCAACCAAAAGAAACACUGGGAGACUUUCUGCAGAAAUUGAGUUCCAGCCUCUCUUGAACCUGGGAAGACCUGGUGGGGGGAGGGGGCUGGGCUCUUGGCUGCACCGCUGCAGGAGCUGAACCCCAGCCGUCUUGCCCGCCAGUGCUCUUGGUCUCCUGAGGUCCUACCAGGUGCAGUGUGCACCGAGCACGCCUGGCCUGGUGCCAUGGCCUCCGAGCUGGGGACUCCUGGGCCCUGUGAGCCCCCAGGCAACAGCCCCAGGAGUGGCAAACGCCUUUGCCCCAGGUCUGGCUGCUGCCUCAGUGACAGCAGACAGGAAAGGGGUGAGACCCUCCUCAGCAGUGGCUGCCAGCCCGUAGCUGGGGGACAUGCUCCCCUGAACAUGCCAAAGUUACGUGUGUUUUUGUUUUGAUUUUCUUUGAGAUGGAGUUACGCUCUUAGCUCCCAGGCUGGAGUGCAAUGGUGUGAUCUCAGCUCACUGCAACCUCUGCCUCCUGGGUUCAA